AUGAAGAAGGUUGGCUGGAAAGGGUCAGACAGACCGCGGUGUGGCUCCGACACGGGUGCUGCCAUCGCCUGUGAGGGAGGCCUGCUGGUCAGAACGAGCACGGCGUUUAUGUGGACGUGGUGGGAAUGCUUGUAUGGACGACAGCCAGUCUGUUCCGGCUGCUGUAACAAUACCAUACACUGGGCGGCUCAAACAUCAGAAGCCUAUUUCUCACAGUUCUGGUGGCUGGAACAUUCAAGAUUAAGAUUACUUGCAGCAUAUAAUAGCCUUACUGACAAACACCUGGCUGGAUAUUUUAACAAUACAAGGAUAAGGCGGCAUCUCUUAAGAUCAGGGCUGAUCACAAGAAGUGGAAGAAUACUUUCUGAAAAAGAAUACAAACUAAAUAUCAUGAAGAGGGAUCAUCAGAAAUAUAUCCGGGAGUGCUUAGCCCAGGCUAUUUUCCAUAAGGUUCUUGAUAUGGAGCGUUCCCAUCAGCUUGAAAUAAAAAAGAAACUGGAGACCUUAGCUAGAAAGGAGCGAAUCCAGAGGUUUAAGGGAGAGCCCAUAAGAUGGUCUUUAGAAAAAAACAUGCCAGUCCUGUCUCCCCACCCCCCAGUGGGCCCAAAGACUAACCGUGGCCAUAGUGUUCUGGCUGAUGAAGGACGUUCCAGUCCAAUAACACUGACAGCCCCUCGACCAUACACUGCCCCAGGAAUUACACAGCCUCCAAUUCGAUUACAGCCUCUUCCCAGUAAUCCUGCGGUAAGAACUGUUCCAAAGAUAACUCCGGGGUCCAGAUCAAAAACCUCGCCGCUGGAAAAUGAAGCUCCAUUUCCCAUUGGGGGCAAGAAGGCAUUGAUGAAGUACAGGAACUCCAUGGACAAUUCCCAGGGAAUGAAUCAGUAUCACCUUCUGAAUGUUAACAAUUACACGGUGCCUAUCCCUCCUCCCUCUCCUCCCCCGAAUGGAAAAAUCACAAGGGGAAAUAGACCUGAAACAUGGAGAAGGAGAAGAUUUCGUCCAACCACUGCUCCAAAUGGCUUAGAACCAGCCUUUACCAGGGAUUCAAGAAGGAUUAAUAAAACACCACCACAUAGUAAUGCAGUUAUUACAAUGAUCUAUUUGGGGAAAAAUGUGCACCUAUCUUAUAAUUACCCAGACUUCGGGGAUGAAAUAAAAGUUUAUCAACAGCACUGUGGUGGAGAAAAUCUUUGCGUCUACAAAGGCAAACUGCUUGAAAAAGAGACCUUUCAGUUUAUUUCCAAGAGGCACCAUGGUUUCCCCUUCAGCCUCACCUUUUUCCUGAAUGGGAUGCAGGUGAACAGGUUGAGCUCCUGCUGUGAAUAUAAGCAUCGGAAAGGUUCCAGACUUGGAGGCAAAGGAGGCUACUUCGGGUUUGUGUGUGUGGAAAGAUCAUCUCCUUGCUACAAGUGCAUUAUUGCAAUGGGCCUUGACAAAAAACCAACUUCACCAAAACUUCGGAAACAAAAAAGUGUUGAGACAAGAGAGGAACUGAAAAAAGGUGAGGGGAAACUGAGGAAGGAUAGAGCAUACGUGAUACCAAGAAGGAACAGGAUGGAGGGGAGCAAAACCUCUGCUUCAGUCUUUUUUUCAGCCGAGGAAGAAGGGACAGGGGUGGAAGAAGUGAGAACGGCUGUGGAAGAGAUGGAACGUAAAGGGAAGCAGCAGGCCUGGGAGGACGGCCGGGAAGACAUCCUUCAGUACGAGUAUGAAGAAGAUUUUGAAGCAGACGAGGAGAAGCGAGAUGAGAGAGCUAAUAAAGAAGGACGGGCUGAUGGCCGAACGGAUGAAAUGGCACAGUCACCCUCGGACGGUGACAAAGAUCACGUAGGCCCUGGAGAGAAGAGCGAAGCGUCAUCGCAGCAGGCGCCGGGUGCUGGUGGCGGUGGGAACGGCCAGGGCGAGGGGUGCUCUGAGAGUGAGCUGGAGGACGACACACAAGAUAUAAAAACUGAGUCAUCCUCCUCCUCCAGAAGCCACCCCUACUCUAGCUGCAGCGAAGACGAAUCUGCACCCGGCGACAGGGAGGCGCGCGCUGGAAACAGUGCAGACGAAAGCGCCAGAAGUUCAUCUUCUCAGGAGUUGAGUGAAAGUGAUGAGCCAGGAAAAUCACACCUUCCAAUCAAGGAUUCCUUAAAAAUUGAAAUUGAAGAUCAAGAUAUAAUAAAAGCAGAUGUGGAGACCAAACCUCUGCAAGUAGAGGAAAGCUUGGAGAAUGUUCUUGAAGAAGAAACAAAGAAAGGAACCCAAGUGAUAGCUGAGGGCUUACCUGAGAAGCCCAGGGAACACGUUUCCAAGGAAGAGAAGGAAAAUUAUAGGAAUAAUCUUUGGGAAGGAAGCACUGCUAAGGUGAAGGACAGAAAGGCAGGUCUCUAUAGGGUGGAAAAAGGUGUGGGACAGAUAUCAGGUGGAGCUGUGGAACCAGGCUGCCACUGCCCCCGCGAUGCCGAGCCUGGUGGUAGCAGCACCGAUGAGGGGGAGAAGCUCUUGACCGAGCCGGGGAUUGGCACAGGUGCAGCCCCGAGUAGGAGUUUAGCGGUGGGGGAAAGCACAGCCCUGGACCCAAACAAGGAAUCUAAGCCGGCUUCAUGGAAAGCAUACACACGGGAAAAGGAAGCAGCAGUGCGAGAAGAUGAGGGUCCCCAACACAGGGACCCUGGCACAGCAGAAGAAAAGGGGGGUGUAGCGCUGUGGGGAAAAGUGGGGGCUCCUGUGGUUCCCUUGGGGGAGUGGACACCAACAGCAGAACAGCCAGCUUUUGUAGAAAGGUUUGCAGAGGAAAGGGAGACCCCUCAGGGCGUAGCAACCUGGGCAGAGGCCGAGGCAGAGGCCGAGGCCGAGGCAGGAGGGGACAGAGAGCUCCAGGGAGGGGGGCUACACCCAACGGGAAAAGGAGCAGCGCGAGCCUCUGGCGGGCUGAGUGGAGAGGCCCCUGGCCAGCGGGCCCUGUUGCGCACAGCGCCGGAGACAGAGGCGGCGGCUCCCGAGGGCGAGCAGGGUUCGGAGGAGGCCGCGUGCGCGGGCAAGGCUGCAGCUCUGCGCUCGGCGUGUGCUCGGGGGGCCGCAGCCCUGAGGGAGGCUGUGAUGCCCCAGGAGGGAGAGGCCCGGAGCGGGGCAGGGUCUGAAAAGCCAGAUGCGGAGGCCAGUGAAGAGGAAGCAUCCGUAGGCCCGGCGGACAGGGGACCCGAGGAAGACACCGCGCCCGAGGGAGGGGAUGGUUCAGCGGGGGCAGCGCUGGGCCGGGAGGAAGCAGCCGGAGCGGGGAAGGCAGGCGGGAGAGCCGCCACCCCGCCGCGCCCAGCUCCUGCGAAGGCGGGGACAGCCCCCGGCGCAGCUGCCCGGGAAGGCCUGCGAGGCCUUGGUGAGGAAGGUGGCGGAGGGGAGGAGGCUGGGGCUGAGGCCGAGCCUAGUCCGGAAGGCGCUAGGAGGGAAACAUUCCCUGAGGCGUUAGACACAACAGGAGGGAGGGCGGAAGCUGAGAGGCCAACAGCGCCUCCGUGGGAAGCCGGAUCUGGCAGAGGAGAGGUGACAAGGGCAAAGGCUCCUCGGGGCGAAGCCCUUUUAGAGGAAGAGCAAAAGUUUAAAGGGGAGGAGGGGGAGACACAAGGCCCCCCAGGUGAGCUGGAGUGUGAUGGGGAGAGUGCAGCACCCACGGAGCCUUCUGCACGGGCUGAAGGCACAGGGCCACCAGGGGCAGGUGCACUGGGGGAGAGGGCGGUGGCCCUGUCUGAGGCGGCACCUGGAUUUGAAAAGCCAGUGAGGAAAGAGGAAGGAGGGGAAACGCUGCGGGAAGCUGGGGGCACAGGGCUUACGGGCAGGGGGCAGCCGCCCUGCGGGGAAAACUGGGAGAACCCGGCUCCCUCGGAGCAGGGUGACGGGCCAGGCCCUGGGGCAGAGGGUGUGGGAGGGGCUCCUGAAAGCGACCCAGCAGGAGAGCCGCAGGCUGCCGAGGCGACAACCAGGGCCGCAGGCCAGGCCCAGGAGCGUGCAGCCGAAGGUCAGGACGGCCUCGCAGGCCUGGGAAGGAAGGGAGAAGAAGGGCCUUUACAAGGGCAACAAGGAGCAGGCGCCACGGCGCCGACCCAAGGCGGCCUUUUCGAGGGUGAUUCCACGACGGCGGCGAAGUUGAGUGAAGAACCGGUGGCUGAGGCCCCAGAGGGGGAGGCAGAUCAAGAGUGUCCCCUGGGGGCAGGAGUGACAAAGGACGGACACCCCGAGGGGGAUGGGAGCUUGCAAGGUGGAGUGGUGGUGGCCCGGGAAGAUCUCCAGGAAGGAGCGGCAGGAAUGGCCCCGGAGAAGAGGGACGCGUUGGCAGGUCUGAAGACAGCCGAGGGGAAAACGGCAGCGAGUACAGACCCCUCCUUUUCAGGUGCCGCAGGCGAGGGAGCCUGGCGCGGGGUGCACGAGUUACCGGGGAACGCAGCAGCUGCGGAGGGGGUGCAGGCAGAGGAAGCGGCGCUGAGCCAGGAGGAGGUGCCCCUGACUGGGGCAUCGGGGGCUGAAGCGAGGGCUCGAGGGGAACCCUCCGACCCGGGGGGGAAGGCCCCGCAUCCAGGGCCAGGGCGGAAGGGAGGGGACGCCGACGCCAGUCAGCGGGCAGAGCUCAGGGGGCAGGAGGCAGGGAUGGGGAGCUGUUGGGGGAGCAGUGAGGCAGGCAAGGCUGAAGGCUUCAGACUGGGAUUAACCCAAGAGACAGAGCCGAGUGUAGACAGUCCGCAGGGUGUGGCAAUACUCCCCGGAGAAGCCGACUGCCCGGGAACCCAAGAGAAGCAAGAGCAUACAGUGCAAAGAGAAAGUGAGCAUGCAGAUGUUUCCCUGAACAACAAGAAGGCCUAGGGGACUUCAUGGCGGACGUGCAUUUUAAAGAUGUCUUCUGGAAGACUUAAAGAGUGGAGAAAGAUUCACCCAAGCACUUUGCCAGGACUUUAGAUUUUAUCUUAAAAAAACAAAUUACUGUACUUGUCUGAGCUGGUUUCCAGUCCGUCAUUCUGGUCGGAAGCACAGUAUGCACCUUGAGGAUACCUGGCAGAUCUGUAGGACCCUCCUUAUGGGCAGUGGUUCCUAAUAAAGGACUCUGAGGCUGAUAUACAUUCAACAUAGCUGAGAUGUCUGUGUUCAAAUCUGGUUGAUAGUGCUCCAAUGCUUGACUUUUACCAAAGAUCGCCUGAAAGGCCCAGUCCUGACAUCUGGGAUUUGUUUAAAUUUUUUUUCUUUAUAAUCAAAUAUUAGUCCCAGUUUCAUACAUGAGAGUUUUCUUUAAAAUCUGUGGCUUGGGGCUUUAAUGGCUCAGUCUGUGAAAAUGAAUUCUGAAGGUCCUUCCAUGUAUAAUCAAAACUAAAGAUUGCUCCAGUCCAGUGAAAUGAUUCCAUGGCAUGUAUAAUCACUCACAAAUACCGAUUCCUUCUAUUUAUGCCAGAAGGGCAAUGUAAAGUGGAAAUCUUAUUUCGAAAUGCACUUUGUUUUCUGUGUGUCUUUCUGUAGUUUUGCUUCCUAAGGUAGACGGGUAAAUGCUUGUGGGAUUUUGUCCCUGGGGGCCUUAUUUGUGGGGCCACUCAAAUUUUAAUCAUAGUAGUAAAUAAUUUAGCUGGGUGAAAUGAGUCACAAUAGUUAUACAGGCAAACACUGCACAUCAGCACACCUAGCAACAUUCUAGACUCUAGACUGUUUGGUUGAUGUCAUUCAAUGGAAGAGAACUUUGGAUUAAAUUAGCGUGCUGCUCACCUUCCCAAGUUCUGUUAUUUCAAACCUGUGAACUAACCUUGGAGUGCAUUGUAAAUCAACAGUCACAGUCACUUUCUGAAUUACUCCCUGACGUUGCUAGAAAUAGUUGUGUAUCAGCGUGCCUGCUGGGGAUUUUGAUUUCCUCGAAGACAUCUUUGUUCAUAUCCCAGAACUCCAAAGGGCACAUACAUUUGGCUAUCUUUUCUCCACGUGAGGAGGUGAAAGAAAAUUUCCUAAAGCGGUGAUUUUCUAGCUGGAUUCACAUCAGACUCUCAUCAGACAUUUUCGUGAAUGCACGAAUGAUUCAACCCCUAGUUCCACCCCAAAGAUUCAGAUUUAAUCAGUUUUAGAUGGGCGAAGGCAUUGGUUUUGGUUUGGUUUUGUUAAUCCAGUUGAUUCUACUAUGUAGUCAAAAUGGAGAACUGCUGCCCUAAAUUACCAUAUAAUCCAUGCUGGUUGCCUACAGUGGUUCUCAAAAUGUGAUCAAGAUAUCAGCGUCACUUGGAACUGUCCCAAAUACUAAUUCCUGCUCUCAUAUCUAUUAAAUUGGAAACUCUGUGGGUGGAGUCUAGCAACUGAUGGUUUUAACAAGCCCUCCAGGUGAUUCUGAUGUACUCUAAAGUCUGAAAUCUGCUGUCUUGGACAACUGAUUAUAUUGAGGAUUAGUCUCAGUUGAAAAACGGAUUGUAGAAGCACUGAGAACUUUGUCUUGUGUCCAUCUCUUUCUUUUCCUGUUGCUCUUUCUGUUUUUCUUUCUCUAGGGAAGGGAACUCAACAUAAAAGUGAUGGAUUCAACGUUAAACUCAUUUUCUUUAUGACCUUAAUAAUGUGUAUAUGAAUGAAGCCUUUCAGCUCCACCCCCUGUUGAGGAUGUGCCUGUCACUCAUGGCACAUCUUAGAUCUCCUUUGUUUUCUGAGUGAAUUUCAUCUACAUUAUAUCCAAUUUCAUUGAUUACUGAGCUACAUUACUGUGGAACUCUACAGUAUUUGUUCCUUGAUCUCAACCUCAAUGCUACAGAGCACUUUGCAUACAUAGCACUUUAUGGGAAAGAUUGUAAACUUUUAAUUCUAUUGAAGAAGGAAUUAUGUACCAUGUGUUAAAUGGAAAUUGCACUGGGUUAUUUUUAUAUUUAACACAUUUUGUUGAAGCAUUCCGUAACAUGAUUCUACAAUCUGCAUGGGGGUUUAACUAUGAAAUUCAGUGUCGUGAUAGUUUGACUAAAUGAAUUCUUUCUCGGCAAAUACUGUGUUGGUAAAAUUAUCUAUAUGUUCUACUGAACUGUUUUUUUCCUAGUUUCGUUAUCAAAAUCAUGAAUAAAACAUAUGUAUACAGAUGAGA